CCGCCCUUCGCUGGCAGUCAACGCCUUCUUCGGCGCACUGCGAUCGCCAAUCAACGGCGCCAUAGCGUAGAAGUCCGCGUUGCCGUGGCGUUGAGGAUCCUGGCUGGCGCUAGUUAGUGGGAUGUUGCCCUCACGUUUGGCUUGUCGGUGCCGACCACGUACCAGAUCUUAUGGUCGGUGAUCGACGCCAUCAACAAGACGCCUGCGGUUGGGGCAUUCGACUUCCCCCUGACCGAGGAAGGCUGGAUGCGAAAUGCCAACAGAUUCAAGGAGAAGAGCACCUAUGGCAUUUCCUCCUGGGUCGUCGCCGCCGUGGAUGGUCUGUUCAUCAAGGCCAAGGCUCCGUGUGCGAAGGACACCGCCAACGUCAUCGCGUACUACUCCGGCAGCAAGUCCGCGUACGGCAUCAACGUACAAGCGACGUGCACCGCCGACUACCGGUUCUGCGCAAUGUCGGCGAUCUCUCCAGGCUCCACGAACGACUGGGUGGCAUGGAAUCGAUCUUCCCUCGCCAAGGCCGUCGCCCGCUUGUCCGCCGGAUUUCACAUCAUUGGUGACGCCGCCUACCCCAUCGUAGAAAAGCUUCUGACGCCGUACCCUGGGAGGCUCCUGCCACCGGGUGAGGACUCGUUCAACUUCCACCUGAGCCAGCUUCGUGUCAAGAUCGAGCAGAGCUUCUGGCGCGGGAGGGAGGUACCUCAAUGUAGAGGGCGGAGGGCGCUGGAAGAACGUGUUUUGGGUAUUAGUGCUAGGGUGUCGGCACAUCCCGGGGAGAGGUGGGGGGUGUGAUGUGUGACAUGUUGAUUCUCGCUGACAUGUUUUGUGGGUGUCGGUGUGGAGCGUUCUGACCAGAUGUGUCCGGGUACACUUGGUUCGUAAUGUGUGUGUUCUUGCCGGCAACACUUUAUGGUUAACAUGCAUCGUGUGCGGAUGAAAGCGGGGUCCGGUAGGUCUCGGAGGGUGCUUGUUUUACCUAGGGCAUUAAAAGUGUGGGCAUGUUCGACUUUUUUUUUUCCUAAUUAGGAGCGUGUGAAUCGAAAACGUUGUUGUCGUUGAUACAACUUGUAAUGAUGUCUCUGCAUCCCUGCAUUAAAUAUUCGUCGCGUGGGUGAAACAUUGCUCCAGGUUGCAGACCUGAAGGAGACCGACACACACGCUAAAAAUUGGGGUCCUGUCGAAUCCCAUCGCGAACACAUUCCUGCGCUUCAAGUGAGCAUGCGCGGAGACGGGAAAAAUUGCAAGGCUCCUAAUUUGCGGAACCCAAGCGUGCCUCAGAGUUCCCGCCAACACCC